UUACAUAAUGGAUUAAGGACCAUGCAGCUUGACCAGGCGCUGAAGGCAUGCAUUGAGCCUGUGUCCCUUCCUCCAUAAGCAAGUUAGCAGUCAGUGAGUGAACAUAAUACAUUCUGGCUGGUGUCCAAGGCUUAUUAAAAAACCAGACCUCCUGGACUUGUGUGAGUCGACACUCUCACUAUGAACGCAACCGACAUCGUCACCGGAGCCAGGUACGCACUGACGGGGUGUGCCGCGGUGGCAACGGUGGAGAAUCUCUUGGUGUUAGUGGUGUUUGCUUGUACCAGCCGUCUCAGAAUGAAGUACUACGGUUUCCUCAUCAACCUGACGCUGGCUGACUUGUUCUACGCCGUCAUGGCCAUCGCAUUCACUUGGGGAGGACCCGAUUAUUCCGGUAUUCUGUUCUCUAUCUUUUUCUCGGGUUACUUCGUCGGCAUUUGGACGAUCCUUGCCGAAGGCAUCAACCGUUACCUGGCAGUGUCCUUUGUAGACACGGCUCGCUACGAUGAGUUGGUCACCAGGAACCGCUUGUUGGCAGUCUGCGUUCUCAUUUGGAUCGUCUCACUCACGAUUCAGAUCGUUCCGGAAUUCUCCGCGGGCGAAUCCCUCUUUGAAGGAGUGAUCAAGCCCACGAUCGUGUACUUAUUUUGGUUGAUAACCGCCGGUCUUUACGUCGCUGUGUUCUGGAAGAUGAAGAGUUUCACACAUCAGCUUGUCACCAACCCGGCGUUGCAGCCCAGCCAGCCUGAGGAUGAAUUCAUCGACCGAGCGCGUCAGACCCGCCGCUUGCUGGUCACUUUCACUGUCAUUCUAGUCACGUCGUUCAUCUGCUGGAUGCCGUUCAGCGUGAUGCAGAUGGUGGCAUACGUUCACAGAGACUUGAAGUACCAGAACGAAGUCUACUGGCUGACUGGCGUGCUCUACUGUCUGGCACCGGUGAUCAACCCUUGGAUCUACUGGAUGCGGCUUGAUAGUUUCAGAGAGGGUUGCCGCAAAGUUCUCUGCGGCUGCUUCACACGGGACUCCACUGAACUCCUCGAGUCCGUUGAAGACCCAGACGUCUUGUAGAAGAAUCUUUGCCGUGGUCUUAGUCCUUGGGCGGAUGAGCAGCGGCGUCGCCAGGACUUGUCUUGUUUGUAGAGGAUGACAAAGGGUGAAAACUGUAAAGCGCGGAGGGAAGGCGGGGGUGGACUUCGCUUGACGCUAAAUUGCCUUGUGGGCGCUCAAAAUUGAAUACAUACAUUAUAUACAGUCAACAAACAUGGUGUGGCCUCUUUCUCGUCUGGCCGGUUUUUCGUUAUCGUCACAAACCGUUUGGGGUGAUGGCAGUGGCGUAGCCA